AUGAAGACCUUCACUGCUCUAUCAGCUCUCCUCACGGCCACUGGUCUGGCCCAGGCUCACUACACCUUCGACAGGUUGGCAGUCAACGGACAAACUGUUGGCAGCAGCUGGGAAUACAUCCGUGAAAACACCAGGCAGGAAAAGUACAUGCCUACCAAGUUCAAGAACACCAUCGGCAACGUCACACCCAACGACAACGACUUCCGCUGUAAUGAAGGUUCCUUCACCAACGCGGGCAAGACCAAGGUGUACGAGGUCGCCCCUGGCGAUGAGCUCUCCAUGAUACUUGCCUACGGUGCGAAGAUGGAGCAUCCUGGCCCUGCUCAGAUCUACAUGUCCAAGGCCCCUGGCUCCGUCACCUCGUAUCAAGGCGAGGGCGACUGGUUCAAGAUCAAGGAGGAAAUCGUCUGUGGUUCCACCGCCGAUGGCCUCCAGGACACUGACUGGUGCACCUGGGGCAAAGAUCGGCUGACCUUCAGCAUCCCUCAGGGCACACCCGCCGGCGAAUACCUCGUCCGCGCCGAGCAUGUCGGUCUUCACCGCGCCCACGUCGAUGAGACCGAAUUCUACUACGCUUGUGCCCAAGUCAAGGUCACUGGCAACGGCAGCGGCACGCCCAGCCCCGUCGUAAAGUUCCCUGGCGCGUACAAGGCUACCGACCCCGGUAUCUCGUUCAGCAUCUGGAACAACAAGCCCAAUUACCCUUACAACAUUGGCCCGGCGGUCUGGGCUGGUGGCGCUUCAACUGGUGGAACCACUCCCGCUAUCUCUGUUCCUGCCAGCGGUUCUGCGCCUGCCCCGACUACGCUGCAGACCUCAACCCGUCCUGCCACCUCAUCGGUUCAACCAGCUCCCACUAACGGUGGAAGUGCUCCUGCUGCUGCCGCCAAGUGGCAACAGUGUGGGGGCCAGGGAUUCACUGGCCCGACUACCUGCCAGAGUGGCUCGACUUGCAAGGUACAGAACCCGUGGUACUCGCAGUGUUUGUAA